GUGAAAUUGUCAAUUGCCAAAGUCAGACAGACAGUGAAUGAAAAUUAAGGUUAAGUUACUUCGAAAAUUACAUAAUUUCGUAGUAAAUAUACAAAAUAAUACUUAUAUUUUAAUGAUAAAUUAACCGACAAAAUGUUAAAAUUCGGGGUUAAAUCAGCGGUCCUAGGUUCAGCAGUCUAUUACACUAUUGAUAAAGGUGUUUGGAAAGACAGUGCCACCACUUCUGCUUUGUACGAUGAACUCGAAAAAGGAGUUUCUCCUUAUGUUGGCGAAAUUAAAAAACAAAUACCAUACGAGCUACCACCUUUACCCACAAAUGAUAGAGCUUCAUACCUUUUCAAACACUAUUGGAAUAAUGGAGUAAAGGCUACAUUCAGUUUCUUGGUUGAUCUUCCUACACAUACCAGUAAUGCUUGCAGCAAGGCGUAUGACUAUAUAAACUCUGCUCUAGAUGCAGGUGAGCAAAGUGUAAGUCCUCCUAUACAAGAAAACAAAUGAAAUUGUAAAGUUGAUUGUAUUUAUUUAUUUGAAAUGGAAUUGUUUAUUUGAAAUAAAAGUAAAAAAAAUUGGAUUUGU